ACCCUUUGAUAAUUCUGAAUAUACUGUGUAUAAAAAUGCAAAACCUAAUAAAAGUCAGUAGUCACACAGUCCUGUAUAUGUUCAAACAGGCAUCAGUCUGUACAGGCAGCUAGUGGCUACAUUACAUAUGAUUUUAUAAUCUGCUCCAUAUCAGUGGAUUUUAAGUACUUUUGCUCAAUUAACUGCUGCAAUAAUUCAAAAAAAGUAUAAAACACGUUUGUGUUUGUAUAAUUGUUUGCUUUUUUAUAUACAAAAAAUAUAUGAAUAUUUUUAGUAACAUGAAAUGUUUUUUGAAGUACCAAAUAUUAAAGAAAUAACAUUUAGAUAAAAUAUGGUACGUGCCCCAAAUUAAAAAAAUAUGGUGAAUGUGUUAAUGACAGCGAGUUAUUUUAUUUAAAAAAAUCUAAAUCUGAACACAAUCUAUGGUUCUGCUUGUAAAAUGCACACAAAUGAGUGAGAACUGAAAUCUGAUAAUGUUUUGUACAAAUAAACAUUAUUUAGUACAUAUUUCUUUCAGAGGGAUUUAGCGGGCCAUCUAAAUGGUUGCUAUGACAACUUAACGCUCUGGCUGCUGCUCUCGGUCUUUGCUGUCAUAAGUAUGAAUAUUAUAUUUAUAUUUAAAUUCAUUUGAUAAUUCUAGCUACUAUUUUAAAUUGUAUCUUUUGUGUGUGUGUGUUUGUGGUAAUUGUAAUAUUUAAAGCAGAUGUGUUGUUUUAAGACAAUUUUCCACCAAUGAGAUCAGUGGAUGGUCCAUUGUUUACGUCAUAAUGAUCGCUGCAUUCCAUUAGAACGUUCGGUGAGUCCUCUAUAAAUAUGAGUGCAGACGAAUCAGGCAUUCUGUAGCGAGUUGUGGCGAGUGAUGUGAGUAUCCUCUUUAUAAUUUGGACAUCAAAAGUUAUCAAUAUUUUCAAAACUUGGAGAAAAGUCACUGAGAUAAAUAAACGGGAAUGUUACACAGAGGAGGACCGUGUGGAAAGUUUCAGAUAUGUAAAUUAGUAAUGAUCAAAGUAAUAACUUUUUAUACAUUUACUAUUAAAUACAGCCUCCUUCCACCACUCUUUGAUUUAAGAUUCAUUCUGAAAAGCUGAUACUGAAAGCUUUGAUAGUUUAAUAUUGCCUUUUACAUUGAUUAGAUAUUAAUGUAAAAAGAGUAGGCUAUAUACUUUUCCAUUAUAAGCAUAUGAGUUAUGCACAUUAGUUGGAAAACUGAUAAAAACUGAGCUGAUAGAUCUCCUCUAGGCAUUCAUAAAAAUAAAAAAAACACUUAAGACACCAGCUUGCAGGCUCUUAUAUGUUUAUAUGUUUACUCAACUCAAAGAACUGUUUCAUUUCUGUUUUCUGUCACAUAUUUUACAGAUAGAAAGACAAAGUCAGUGUAUUGUUCACAUAUUUGGAUCUUCUUUUACCUUCACAUCGAACAUCAACAUGAGUUUGUCAACCAUCCUCCCCAGUUUUUCCGAGAGCGCAGUGCAGUCCUCAUCUCCUGAACUCUCAGAUGAGCUCACCGCUGCCCUCGCCGCAGGCCGCUGGUGGGCAAUAAUGGAGGUUUCUUCUCCUAUAUCUGAAGAGCCUGAGUAUGGAGACCUCACCUCAGUGCAGUGGCGGGGAACAAUGGAGGCAGGAGAAACUUUGUGCCCCAAGUCUGUGGUCUUCAGUGAUGAAUGUGAGAAGACUGAGUCCCUGAACUCAAGCUUCCCAGCUGCAACACUGAAGACCAAAGAGCUGUGGAGGAAGAAGAAGACACAGGGUGCACCGGUGCCUCCCAGGUCCCAACACGGUUCAUCUGUGCCUACAAAUACCAAGAAGAGGGACCACAACUCAUCCCUGGUCUUCAACUAUGAAUCUAAGAAGGCUGAGUCUCCGCGCUCAGGCUUUACAGAUGCAACACUGAAGACCAAGGAGCUGUGGAGGCAGAAGAAGCCUCAGGGAGCACCUGUGUUUGCUGGAUCUGAGUUCACUAAUGAAAUACUGAAGACCACUAAGCAGGGGAAGCAACAGCAAAGAAAGUGGACCGAGAUGAAGCCUCAGGUAGCACCUGAACCUGCUGGGUCCCCGCAAAGACCACCUGUGACCACUGGCUCUCAGCGAAGAGGAAAGCUCAUGAUCCCCGAGAAUCUGAGGCAACAUCUGCUAAAGGCUGCUUCUGAACUGGAAUCACUUGUGUCUGCUAGAUCCCCACAGAGAGCACCAGUGACCACAGUGUCUCCUCAAAACACAGCCAUGCACACCAAGUCUCUACAGAGAGAAGCUAUGCCUGCCCCAGAGGUGCCAAAACCAAAGAUACCUGAGCAGCUGAGACAGGAGCUGCUGCAGCAGAAGCCCAACAAGAUCCAAGAGAAGCAAAGGCUGAAGAUACCUGAGCCGCUGAGACAGGAGCUGCUGCAGCUGUCGGCUCGAGCCUCUUCUGUUAAAGGAGCACCUGCACCCAACAAGAUGCUGCAGGUUUCAUCUUGGGCCUCUUCUGAGAAGGGAGCACCUGGACCCAGCAAGACCCCAGAGAGACAAAAGCUCAAGAUACCUGAGCGUCUGAGGAAGGAGUUUCUGCAGCAGAAGCCUCAAGCCUGUCCUGUACAGGGUGAUCCCAUGCCUUUCAAGUCCCCUCAGGAAGCACCUUUACCUGACAGGAGUCCUGUGUAUGUUGGGACCCCACAGGGAGCAGGAGUGUUUGCCAGGUCUCCACCGGCAGAGGCAGUGCCCGCUGAGCCUCCGAAAGUAGAGACAGUUCCCUCCAGAACCACGAAGACAAGAAAACGGAGACUUGCUGAGCAUCAGAGCAUUCCUGUCUCUGCCACCCAGGCAUUACCCAUGUCCUCCAGGACCUCAAGCGUGGUGCCUGUGCAUUCUGGGACCCUACAGGGAGCACUUGUGACCAAAAGUUCCCCACAACAGGGAUCAAAUCCCAGAAUGACUGAGCAGCAGAAGAAGAAGCGCAGGGAGCAGUGGAGACAGCAGCAGAGACAGCGGAGGCAGCAGAAAGCAGCAAACAACGGCGAAGUGUGUGAGCCGCCUCCACAAAAAAAGCUGGGUGUGGAAAUGGAAAAGGUGCAGCUGAAGCUCAAACUGGGGAACCAUCAAGCCCCAAAGCCCAGGUCCCAGCUCACCCUGAUGAUGGAUCAUGCAGCUGUGGGUCGGCAGUCACCUCCAGAAAAAAAGCAGCGCAUGGCAAACGAAAUCAAAGGCCAGCAGUUGGGACUAAGCCGCUUAAAGCAUUUAUGUAGCAUAUUCAUAUGUUUAAUGGAAUAUUUGUAAAUAUGUAUUAUUUGAAUAUAUUAUGUUUGUGCAUACUGUAUUUAAUAUGAUUGUAUGCAUAAUAAAAAGU